AUGCAUGCAAUUGCAUACACUUUACUUAUCUUAUUAACGACCGCGUUGAUCAAUAGUAUUCCAUUUAAUACCGACAAUGAAGAUUUGGAUCAUCAAGAAAUACUUCAUCGUGGCCUGUCUAGUUGUCUCCUAUGGUACCAGUCUCAACCUGAUCCCGCUACUCUUCUAGCCAAAACAUUAAAACCGCCAUGCAGUAUUUCACCUGCGUUUUCUGAAACUUUGCCUGGUGGUUGGUCAGUAGAUCCAGGUUGUGAUGCAUCCAAACAGCCAAAUACUUGUGAUAUGCAUAAGGGUGCUAAUGGUUGUUAUCGAAGUGCCAUCUCGAAUACAGGACCAGGUGCUCAAGCAUGUUAUGAUAAAAAUGGUCAAUGGAUAUCAGAUCCUUGGAAAGGUGCUGGUACACUCGAUGCAGAAACACCAUUGGGUGACAUUAUACAACAAGGUAAACAUUUGAUUGCUGAUGUUCUUCCAUAUUACAGUUGCUGCAAAACAUCAAUUUUUUCUCAAUCGCAAAACUGCAGUCUUUACUAUGAGAAACGUCCAUCAGGACAAUGCCAAAAUUAA